AUGAAACAUCAAAUGAAGGCAAGUUACAAGAAGUUCUUAGAUCUUCUGAAGCAGGUUCAAGUAAAUCUUUCUCUUGUUGACAUUCUACAAAGUGUUCCAAAAUAUGUAAAAUACUUGAAGGAUAUAGUUGUGAAUAAGAAACGGUUGACCGAGUAUGCUACAGUUGCACUUACUCAAGAGUGCAUGUCCAAAAUUCAAAACAAAUUUCCCAUGAAGCUUAAGGAUCCAGGUAGUUUAACCUUGCAAAUUACCUUUGUAAAGACCAUUAGUACACGGAGAUUGUGUGACUUAGGAGCUAGCAUAAAUCUUAUGCCCACAUCAUGGUAUCAGAAGAUGGGUCUUGGGAGUCCCAAACCCACUAUUAUUAUUUUGCAAUUGGCAAAUCAAUCACUUACUAGGCCGGAUGGUAUUAUUGAAGAUAUGUUGGUGCAAGUAGGAUCUUUAAUAUUUUUGGUGGAUUUUGUAAUUCUUGACUUUGAGGCUGAUGCUGUGGUGUUGAAAUUGACAACUACAUAUAAGGAGUUGUCAUCUAUAUCGGUUAUUAAUUUUGCUUUUGAUUGGCAUUUGCUGUUGUGUGAUGGUCCAUUAGAGCGAUCUUUGAUGGGUCAUAAUCUCUAUGGAGAUGUGGAAGCAUUGGAAUUGAUCCAGGCUAUGAAUUUGGCAGUGAUUGAGACAAACAAAGUGGCUAUCGAACCAUUAAAUAGGCCAAUUGGUCCAUCGCCCAAGCCCUUAGUUGAAGAAGCUCCUAACUUAGAGCUUAAGGUUCUCCCUUCGUAUUUACAAUAUGUUUUUCUUGGUGAUCAAGAUACUUUGCCUGUUAUUUUAUCUUCAGGACUAGCAGAUGUACAGAAUCUUGAUAGAGUUCUAGCUUGA